AUGGAGGUGGCUAUGUCUUUGAAUCCACUGGUUCAGCUACGGACAUCAGAGUUAAGAACCCACGAAGAUGGACUCAUCAGACAUUCCUUAAUCUCGACGAGGAUGACCCAGAAGCCUCGACACCAGAGGCCACACCAGCAGAUGUUGGUGGUGGAAGCCAAGGGUAAGAAAGGAAUGGCGGCACGUCAGUUCCAACGCCCAACUCCUUCUCUCCCCAAGCUUGAAGACGAUGGCAACCCUAAGUUCGUCAUCUUUAUCCGCAUGGCCAAUGUUUAUCUUUGGUAUCCACUUAAUCUUGUAACGGGCGGCACCACUGCAAAAAUCAUGGUUGCAGCAAAGGACAAUUUUCUGGGGAAAUAUAUUUACAAGGAUACGUUAUCUAGGAAUCUUGCGGCAGUUAUAUACAAAGUAAGCUUUGUGAUUACUUGGUUUCUUGAUUGA